AUGGACAUUCCGUUCAAUGUGGAGACUCCAGUCACGGAUCCUUCCAGUACUGACCGGCGUGCAUCUACACAUCCACACGAGGGUGUAGAUGUCCGCCAUGAAGCCUUCAAACGGAGUAUAUGGCGCUACUUACCAAGGAGUGACCGAGACUUCGGUACGGCUGAAGAGCAAAAUCUGGCAUUGGCAGACGGGGAGGGCAAUGCUGAGAGGCGAGCCCAACUUUCAUCGCGGCGUGCAAUUCAGGAACGUCUCAGUCGUACUGCACGAGACAAGCUCUUCGCUCUGGUACUGGGCACCUGCACUUCCUCGAAUAGAGGGCGCAUAUCUUCGGCUUUCCCUUCAACAGAACUUCUGGAUGGCCUUAUUCAAUACUUUCUUACGUCACCUUCUCUUGAUUCGAAAUUCUGGUUUCAUCUUCCCACAUUUUCUCCUUCCGAGAUAAGCCCAAUACUGCUGUCACUCAUAAUAGCGGCAGGCGCUGUUUCAACUCCUGAUGUUCCUCUGCGUAAGCUGGGAUUUGCUUUGCACGAGGCGGGCAGAGCCUGCCAGGCGAAGAUAUUUGAAGAGGAUAACUCUUCAAUUCGGGAUCUUCAAAGCCUCCGAAAUCUUAUGCUGCAACUGGACAUCGGCCUCUGGAGUGGCAUGAGCAGGAAAAUGGAAAUCGCGGAGAGCUUUCUUCAACCGCUAGUAACGAUGAUCAGGCGCCGUGGCAGUUUUCGCAAUUCUAUGUAUCCAAUGAUUGAACCCAGACCGGAGGACGACGGCCAGGAACUGGACGACAAGUGGAAAAGCUGGGUGGCCCAAGAGUCCCUCUUGCGUCUUGUCUACCAUGUAUUCGAACACGACCGACAGUCUUCAAUGGCGUUACUUAAGCCCCCACUCAUCUCCUAUUCCGAGAUGCAAUUACCAAUUCCAAGUGCAGAGCGACUAUGGCGUGCGAAUACUGCAAUAGCCUGGAAGCAAGCGUACUUGGACAUGGCACCAGAGCUCUUGAAACGCCCAUCGCCUUUGGAAUGUCUACUUGAUUUGAACUGCCUAAAUAACCACGAGGUGGCGAAUCGUACCUAUCUUUACAUGAUCUGGGGCAUGAUUUGGGAAUUCAGACAGAUGGCGACUAUCAAUGCCAAAACCGGAUCCAGUCAUAGAAACGGUCUCAUCCUCCCUUCUCGGUAUCAAGAUCUGAACAAGUCACUGGAGGACUAUAGGAUCAGUUGCCCUACCAGAGAGGGCAGUAUCAUCCUUGAAUUGAUGUUCAUACAUCUAAACGCACCGUUGGAAGACAUCAUAUUAUUUGCAGGCAUCGAAGGACAGGGUGAGGCACGCAAUGCCUAUCCGUGCCUUCGAGAGUGGGUCUCGUCUCCCCCAGCGAGACAGGCAUUGUGGCACGCUGGUCAAAUACUUCGAGCAGCCCGGGCCCUUCCCAAAGGUGGUCUUUGCAACUUCAACGCGAUCUCUGUCUAUCAUGCUGGUUUGAUUAUAUGGGGUUAUAGCUUUGUGAAUCGAUCUGCCGCGCACAUGACAUCAGGCACGUCUCAUCUCGAAUGGACGGCUUCACAGUCUUCACACGAUGAGAUCCGUCUCGUGCCUACGCCUUCAUCGGACCCUGCGGAUCCGUUGAACUUUGGAUGGCUUCGGAAGGCUGGGAUAUUGGCAUGCAUGUCAAUCUUCCCUUUUGUCGUCAACUUCACAAGUGCCUCGAUUUCAAGCGCAUUUCCCAUAUACGCUUCGACACCUGUGUUCGGGUUUCCUCCAAAGCCUUUCCCAAAAUUGCUCCAUCUUCUCGCUGUCAAUAUUCUGAUGCUGGGAGCGUCUAACUUAUGGUGGGUUCCGUUGGCAAACACUUUUGGGCGACGUCCUGUGAUUCUUGCCAGCUUGCUGUUACUCACGCUCUCAUCGAUGUGGGCGGGUUUGGCAAAGACUUUCGAAAGUCUCCUGGCGGCAAGGGUUUUCAUGGGCAUUGGUGGUGGGUCAGCAGACGCUGUUGCGCCCGACGUUGUCGGAGAGAUCUUCUUCGUGCAUCAACGCGGAAGGGCCAUGGCAAUCUACACUGUCUUUCUUGCUAGUGGAUCCAUCAUCGGAUCGAUGACAGGAGGAUACAUCGCUCAUCAUGGGUUGAAUUGGCUGCACUGGACAAACGUCAUACUCUCUGCAGUCUCCUUUGUGCUAUGCCUGCUUUUUCAGCCGGAGACACUCUAUGAACGCGAAACGAUCGCUGUUUCAGAUGCUAUUAUCGAUGAGAAGAAAGCCAACGCUCAAACAACAGAGGUCGUCCCGGUCGAGGCUGCCUCAUAUCAACCAUACACAUUCGCCAGGUCCCUCAAGAUCGGAAUGUAUCGUCCUGGCAUAGCAGCAAAAUUUGCCGCGCCCUUCAAAACCCUUCGUCUUCCUGGAGUAUGGCUCGUAUCUCUUUGGUAUGCCGGCCUUGUCGGUGCAACCGUCGCUAUGAGUGGAGUUGCGCCCCAGCUGGUGUCCAUGCCGCCGUAUCUCUGGGGAUCUGAAGCCGGCUUGGUCAACACCGGAGGCCUCAUCGGCACAGCUCUGGGAUGCAUCUACGCAUACUUCAUCGCUGACUGGACGACUAAACGCCUUGCCAAAAAGGACACCCACGGCUUUAGCGAGCCCGAAGGUCGUCUCGGUACAGCCCUUCCUAGUCUGUUCAUCGCCACGGCGGGCAUCAUCACCUUUGGAUUCGUAGCCCAAAACCCGUCACCAAAAGGCUGGGUAGGACUCAACUUUGGCAUCGGCAUGAAUGCAUUUGGCUUGAUGCAAGCGCCAUCUGUUGGGUUCAACUACUUGAUCGAAUCGUACCCAUCGAUCUCGGGAGACUGCCUCGUAGCUGUCACCUGCGCCAGGGCUAUCAUCGCUUUCGCUUGGACUUUCUUCACGGCUACAUGGAUUGAGCACAGCGGCGCGGCUCAGCCUUUCGGUAUCUUUGGUAUGCUCAUGGGAUUGUUUGGUUUGGCGACUAUCCCCAUCUUGAUCUGGGGAAAGAGGCUUAGGAUCGCGACUGCGGAUUGGGUUCCUAGUGGAACUGCUUUGUAGUGUAUGAAUACGGACAUUCAGAAUGUUGCAAUCCACUGGGUAUAUCUGUUGGACUAUAUCUACCAUGAGUAAUUAGUUUAGCUCUUAGCUG